UUGACCUCGAAGCCACGAUGUCCAACAACGACUUCUUUGGCUCGAUCAACUCGGACGGGCUGACCGAGCGGUCGCCGCUGGUCCGGCCGGCACAGGCGGGCGGUAGCAACGCCAAGGUCGAUCCGUACUCAUCGCUCUUCCCGGCGAGUGAUGAGGUUGCGGCGCAGGGGCUCUCAUCGAUGGAGGCGCAGGUUCGGCUGGAGCGUGUUGGGCCGAACGCGCUGGAAGAGAACGAGAAGCCGUGGUGGAAGCUCCUGCUCUCGUUCUACAUUGGCCCGAUGGCGUAUCUCAUCGAGCUUGCGGUGGUGGUCACGCUGGCGCUGCGCGACUGGGCCGACUUUGGCGUCCUCUUUGGCCUGCUCAACAUCAAUGCAGGCAUUGGGUUCUACGAGGCGAACAAGGCUGGCAACGCGGUGGCGGCGCUCAAGUCUGCGCUCACGCCUGUGGCCAUGGUCAAGCGCGACGGCGAGUGGACAGAAAUUGACAAGGCCAACCUUGUGCCUGGCGACCUCAUCCGGCUCCGGAUGGGCGACGUGGUGCCUGCCGACUGCAUCCUGCUUCCGCUGGCCAACGCGACAGACGUGCUGGAGAUUGACCAGGCGGCGCUGACGGGCGAGUCGAUUCCGGCCAAGAAGGCCUCGGGCGACCUGUGCUACGCGGGAUCGUCGGUCAAGCGCGGUGAUGGCGACGCAUGGGUCAAGGCGACCGGCAAGCAGUCGUUCUUUGGCAAGUCUGCGGCGCUGAUUGCAGGCGUGGAGGCCAAGUCUCACUUUGAGCAGGUGCUCGAGUCGAUCACCAAGGUCCUCAUUGCGGUGGCAUUUGUCCUGGUCACGGCGCUCAUUGUGGCGCGGGUCAUCCAGCAGUCGACUGCCAAGGGCAAGGACCUCAACGGCAAGUUUAUGGGUAACCUGACCAAGCAGGCCCUGGUUCUGCUUGUGGCGUCGAUUCCGAUUGCGCUGCCUGCAGUGUCGACAGGAACGAUGGCCAUUGGCGCAAGGACGCUGUCCAAGGAGAACGUCAUUGUCUCGCGGCUGUCGGCCAUCGAGGAGAUGGCUGCAGUCGACAUUCUGUGCUCGGACAAGACAGGGACGCUGACCAAGAACGAGCUGACGCUCGACGACCCGUGGCUCAACCCGAUCCACCCGGAGCUGACGCGGGCGGACAUUGUGCUGGCGUCUGCGCUCGGGUGCGACCCGGACCCUGCGAAUGCCAAGGAUGCCAUCGACUCGUGCAUUCUGGAGUCUGCGGCGCGCGAGCUCGACGCAGGUUUCCUCUCUGCGCACCACGUGCUCUCGCACGAGGCGUUCAACCCGGUGACCAAGCGGACAAUGGGCGAGGUGGAGGACCCCAACGGGCGGCGGUUCCGGGUGUGCAAGGGCGCGCCGCAGGUCCUGUUCAACCUCACCAACGAGGACGGCUCGACCACCUUUGACGCUGGCGACCGCGGGCGGGUCAACCAGGCCAUGGAGGAGCUUGCCGAGCGCGGGCUGCGGCCGGUGGGCGUGGCAUGGGAGGUUGACGGAACAUGGCAGUACCUCGGCCUGCUCUCGUUCCUCGACCCGCCGCGCGACGACACCAAGACCACCAUCGAGCAGGCCAACGAGCUCGGCGUCGAGGUCCGGAUGAUCACCGGCGACCACGUGGCCAUUGCCAAGGAGACGUGCCGGCGGCUGGGCAUGGGCUCGGACAUCCAGGGCUCCGAGUUCUUCCGCCGCAUGCACGAGGAGACCGACGAGUACAUUGCGCAGGUGAUCGAGGAGGCCGACGGCUUUGGCGAGGUCCUUCCCGAGGACAAGUACGCCGUGGUGGACAUUCUCAUGCAGAACGGGCACGUGUGCGGCAUGACUGGUGACGGCGUCAACGACGCGCCGGCGCUCAAGCGGGCUGACGUCGGCAUUGCCGUCGAGGGCUGCACCUCGGCGGCACGGGCCGCCUCCGACUUUGUCAUCCUCUCGCCGGGCCUCUCGGUCAUCAUUCUGGCCAUCAAUCUGUCGCGGACCAUUUUCUCGCGCAUGCGCAACUAUGUCAUCUACCGGGUUGCCUCUUCGCUGUACGUCCUCAUGUUUGUCUUCCUCGCCGUUGUCGUGUACAACGUCGAGAUCCCGGCGCUCGUCCUCGUCCUCAUCACGCUCCUCAAUGACGGAACUAUUAUGACUAUUGCUUACGACAAUGUGCCCAUUUCGCCGCGCCCGGUCGAGUGGCGGCUGGUCCGCGUCGUCAUCAUUGCCAUUGUGCUCGGCGUGCUCGGCGUGGCCGAGUCGUCGGCCGCGGUCUUCCUCUCGCACACCCACGGCUACGGGUUCAACCUCGGCCGCAAGAUUGACGUGCCGACCUCCAACGGCGCUACGAUGCAGAUUAACGACAAGACGUACGAGGACAACCAGCGGUCGACGGUCGCGUACCUCGCCCUCUCGCUCGGUGGCCAGCUCUCCAUCUUUAUCGCUCGCACCCCGUCGUUCUUCUUCACCCGGGCGCCGGCGGCUCUCCUUGCCGGCGCCGUGGCCUUUGCCGCCCUCGCCGCCUCGCUCCUCGCUCGGUACUGGCCGUUUGGCCAGGACCUGGAGGGCAUCUCGUGGUCGGACAUUGGCGCCGUCUGGGUCAUCAUUCUUGUUAUGGUUGUCGUCAAGGACAUUGCUAAGGUCAUCGUCUACAAGAUCCUUGACUCUGCCGAGGCCCGCCUCGGCUCGUCGUCGACCGAGUCGCGGCUCGAGGACCGGGUUAUGGCCUUUGCCACCGUCGAUCGCGAUGCCGUCCGCCCUGACCUCCGCUUCUUUGCCCUUCCCAUCUCGGAUCGCAUUGCUCCGCUCCCGUACUCGACGAUUUAAAGCCACUACACUUGGCA